CUGAACUGGUUUAGUGCUGGCGACGUAAAGAUAUAUAGACUGAAUAUUGAAAUAUUAUAACAAUCACUGUUAAAUAUAAAGCAGUUCGAUAUUGAAAAAAGGAAUAAUUCGAUGGAAUUAUGAGGUGAUAAUUGAUAGUUUGUCAGUAUUAACAUUACAGUCGACAUUAGAUAUCACUAUGAACCAAGAUGAACACAAGAAGAUUGAACAGAAUAUAUCGUUCAUGAAAGAAAGACUCGUCAAGCUUGAUCCACUCAUCGAAAAACUCACGAGAAGGGGAGUGUUCAAAUUCGAAGACAGACAUCAGAUCGUGAAAUAUUCUACGGAUCAUCGUCGUUUUAAUGAGUUCAUCAAGAAACUAAAAGCUUCUCCAAACCGAGAUGCUUUCGUCUGCUUUCUUGAGGCUCUCAACGCUGACGGGCAUAACGCCAUUGUCCAGAAAGUCCAAAACACAGUGCCCAGACAAGUAGGUUUCGUAAAAACUCCUGGGAAAGUGACAGUUCCUGAACCGCAACAGAUAACCACUCAACCUAAACAGACACCACCUCCUACAUCUAACAGCCUACUGAGAACUCGCCCCGCCCCUUCUUCAUCCAAAAACUUACUGAGAACCAGAGCAACGCCUUCUACACCGAACACAGCAGUGGAGUCCAGACGAUGGGCUUUUGCCGAGCGCGUCAGUACUGUACCUAGUAAGGAUGUGGACUACCCUGAACCAGGGGAACUGAAGACCGUGUUAGACCUGUUUCAACAAAAACAAAAUAUCAUCCUAGACAAACGAGUUCGUGAGAUGAAACAGGAACAACAUGAUUACAUGCAGGAAUUCUCUGACCAGUGGAAGCAUGAAAAACGUGACUUAAUGAAGGAAAUAUCAAUAUUGAAGAGACAGUUUGAUAGCCUGAAAGAUAAAUAUGAUCAUCUGUCUGCUCGGGGUACAAAGAAUAGUGACAGAUUAUUUGAGGAAAGAGGAGGGGACUUAAAGCGAAGUAAUGAGGACUUACAGAACAGAUGUAGCAAGCUUUCAGACGAAAAAUCCUCUUUACAACAAGAAUGUAAAAGACUGAACGAAAAAGUGGAUAAACAGCAAGCACAUAUUUCGGAUCUAUUACAAAAGCAGAAGGAGGCAGAGUCCCUUGGUCCACAAGUGAUAGUAGGAGAGGAUGUUUAUGGUUCAGGGGCCGACCAAGAUUAUGGAUAUGCCACAGCGUACGGCUCACAAAGGAAGGACCUCGGAAAGAGGUAGUAGGCUUAAUGUGUUUUUGAUAAUGAUUAAUAUAUUCUGUACCAUUCAACUCUUUAUAGUGCUUUGUCACGUAGCUCUACAUUAGGUAAAUGAGUGAUAGGUAAUCUCUUACCUAUAUUGAUAUAUAAUUGUGACGUCACAACAGUGCUAAUGACAUAACGAAACUAAGGAUGGACUGAAAAAGGGUGGUUCGUUUGUCCUAAAAUGGAAUCAACUUUUGUAAAAUAAAUAUCACGA